AUGUCGCGCUCACGGUCGACCGGUCGUGACGAUGGACUCGGCGCACCCAAAGAGCAACAACAGCAUCGCCGCGCCAGCAGCACUCCGGGCCCUCGCGAUGAUUUCCACGCUGGCUUCGUCAAGCGCCUGGCUGGCAUCCUGGACAACCACGGCAAAGCCAUCAAGAACAAUGCAAAUUUCCUAAGUGAAAUCUCAUCCACCCUCCGCAGCCAUUCAUACUCGCGUUUGCCUCGUCCUGCCAGCGAACCUGCUUUGAAGGUUCCCACUACACCCAUCGUUCAGCCUGCAACUCCCAACGACAGCGCUGUCGAGUCCAGCCCGGAGNUUCAUGCCCCUACGCCUCCUGAUACACCCACUGUCGAAGUGUCCGACUGGUCCCACCAGCCACCCAAGCCCAGCGAGGUCAAAUACCAAUACGAACAGCCUAAGGUCCCCAAAAUCAUCAUCAAGGACCACAGCAGUGCGACCUCAACCACCAUUAGCGCUCCUGUCGACGCCAUCAUGGACCUUUCCAUCUCUUCCACUGACGAUGCCAACGCUGUCGUUACCACUUCCGACAUGACUGCCAGCACUUCUGACAAACACAACAUGUCCCUGGUCCCUGUGAACAAGAACUCGGUCANNGACCUUCUAACACCCGCACCCCCCUCCUUCGAGGACCUCUCGUUCAACUUCGCCACCCCCAGAAUGGCUGCCGGCACUUCAACUGAACCCAGCUCAGUCGAGCAGACCACUGUUUCGGAGGAGGACAUCUCUCAGUGGUAUGCCUACCAUGCGGAUCGCGCAGCUAAGAGCUUGCGCUACGACUUGCGUGAAAUCGACCUGAAGAUGGAUCGCUUUGUCCGUCGUAUGAACGACCUCAACUCGCAGUGCUCGGCCCUCAACGAUCUCAUGUCGUCCAAUGCCUCGACCGCCCUCAACCCCAACACCCAGCAGCAUCGUCGUACUAGAAGUACACCAGCUGUUCAGGGCAACGACUACUACACCCGCAAGGAGAAGGAGAUUCGCGAUGACAUCAAGGAAGCCUUCCAGAGCCUUCGCUCGGCACUCACCUUCUACCGCAAGCAGCGUGUGGCUCCUCUUGAGCUCGUCAACUCCAAGGCUGACGUUGUUAUGCCGGGCUACUGGUCCUUGGAUGCUUACGGCAAACGUCGCGCUCUGUUCCACUUCUACAAUCGCAACAAGGACAUCUCCAGACCUGGUGAUCGUGCACGCUACCACGACGCCAUGGCUCUGCUGGACGCAUGCACAGCCAUGUCUUUGAACCAGGAAUUCGUCGACAAGAUCGACAGAUGGGAGAGCCAGAUUGGCGCCAUGAAGAUCCAGUCCGGCGCCGAUACGGUCAUUCCUUGA